UUUCCGGGCGCGCGCCGCCUGGUCGCCGGGGUCGUGGUGGUGCCGUCGUCAUGGCGGGGGAUUCCCGCGUCGCCCCGGCCGCCGACUACCUGCCCGCCAGCCCGCCGCGGGACGCCUGCGUCUACAACAGCUGCUACUGUGAAGAGAAUAUCUGGAAGCUCUGUGAAUACAUCAAAAACCAUGACCAGUAUCCUUUGGAAGAGUGCUAUGCUGUCUUCAUAUCUAAUGAGAGGAAGAUGAUACCGAUCUGGAAACAGCAAUCAACACCUGGAGACGGACCUGUGAUCUGGGAUUACCAUGUUGUCUUGCUUCAUGUUUCAAGUGGAGGACAGAGCUUCAUCUAUGAUCUUGACACUGUCCUGCCUUUUCCCUGCCCCUUUGAUGCUUACGUGGAAGAUGCCUUUAAAUCUGAUGAGGACAUCCAUCCACAAUUUAGAAGGAAAUUUCGAGUGAUCCGAGCAGAUUUGUAUUUGAAGAAUUUUGCCUCUGACCGAUCUCACAUGAAAGAUUCCAGCGGGAACUGGAGAGAGCCUCCUCCAUCCUAUCCGUGUAUUGAAACUGGAGAUUCCAAAAUGAACCUGAAUGAUUUCAUCAGCAUGGAUCCAGAGGUCGGAUGGGGUGCUGUCUACUCCCUCUCUGAGUUUGUGCAUCGGUUUGGCAGUCUCAACUAUUGAACUGGACAUGCAGAUGCAAAAUAAUAAAGACUGGGUUAUGGACAGCUUGUCCCUUUACCUGGGAAGAUGCACUAGAUUUGGAAUUAUGUUUUCCUUUUUUAAUUCAAUUAAGUUGAAAAGAGUGAACACAAAUACAAAUUGACUAUUUGGGGGAAUGUGUCAAGGUGAAAUUUGACAUAGUAUAUAUUUGCCCUGAUAUUCUUAUAUGUUAUUUAUUAAAACAUAGGAUGACACGUCAGGAUCUGCUCUUGGCAUGAUAGGGAUGUGGAUUUUGAGUCAAUUGGGUAUGUUGGGUUUUUCACCAGCUGUAUUUAUUGUACGUAAGACCCUUGAGAUCAGGCACAUUGCUCAUUGCUCUGGGAAUUGUGCAUGUCCAUAGGAAGGUCCACGAAGUGUUCAUUAGUGAUUGUUCUUUUGCUGGAGGAGGGCGAAUAUAUUGUGAGCUGAAUCAGCAAGUAAGUCUUAGUCUUUUUUGACUAUCAUAGUUCCUUAUAAAAGAAUGGAGUCCUCUCAGGCUUGAAUGAUAUCUGGCUUAUUAUGUUUUUAAAUAAAAUUGACUUAAA